GAAGAACUUUAAAGAAAAUAAUAAGAAGGGGGAAGGAAGGAUAAAACCUGCGAAAGAAUGCCAUUGCAGAAAAAAGGCAGCCGAGAAUCAAGUUUCAAGACUCCUUUAGAAGCUGCGAGAGUGGGAAUGAGGGUUUCCAACAGUGCGCACACACAGGCAUGAAGGAGACAGCGAGGAGUUGCUUUUCGUCUUAGGUAAAAGCGGCAGAACUGGGAAUGAACUGGGAAUGUGCGCUCUGUGUGGGGAUGAGCAUGGGAAGUGGGGAGGCAAGAGAAGAAGAAGGGGCACUGCAGGCUCACUUUCCCACUACCUGCAAGGGAGUCUGUAGGAAUAACAUGAGAAGAUGAGCCACACAGUCAUACACUCAUCAGCCUGCACUGAAUCAUGAUUGAUCAGGCAUGAUCCCUGCAGUUUAAUGGGAAUCAUUCAGUAGGGAAUGAGAAGGUGGAGCACCCAUGAGUAGAUUAGCAUAUUCUUGUUUACUCAUCCUAGGAGGGGGCUUUUCUUUCAUUUUGUAAGGGAGGAGAGAGGAGGGGGCCAGGGGAUAGUGUGGGCUUAAGCUUCUGUUAUAAAGAAGGCAAAAAAUGAUAUACAUAUAUAUAUAAAUAUAUAUCCUACUGCAGCAUGUUUUAAGUGGGUGAGAUAAGCAUUUUAGUGUCAGAUAUUUCAUAUCCCCCCCUCUCUGAUUUGAAACAAACAAAAAAAAAUGGAUUCAAAACUAAGGGAACUGAUUAAAGCAGUGGAUACCUUUAUUGCAAGAAAAGAGCAAACCAUCAAGUUCACCUUGUUUUUCUAAGUCCAAGAUUUCUCUAUCAGGAAGAUUUAAGCCAACAACACCCAGAAAAGAAAAAAAAAAAAAAAAAGGUCCAGUGCCCAAAAGAGGAGAGAGUCCAAAACUGGCAGAUCGGGAUAGGACAGUGGGGAGAAGGGGGGGACUGUUGGACAUGCUGCUCUGGAGUUUGCUGUUGCCUCUUGGGCUCCUCUGUGCAGCCUUGGCAAGUGCUUCUCAGUGUGGGAUGGACGAGCGGUCGCAACGGCCACGGAGGAACGUCCGGAAUCCCCGCAGCCUGCGCAGGGGAUCGGAGGGAUCUUGUGCCACUAGUCUUGCAAGGGGCCGGCGAUCCCUCCCCAGCAUAGAACACUUGCGGAUACCCCAAAGAAGGAAGCAGCGGGAAGCCAAGGAAAGUUCUAAUGUGCCAGCCCCGGGAAAGGCUCUUUAUUUCACAGGGCAUGGGGACCAGCUGCGUUUGAAGUCGGGUAAUGAGUUGCCAAGGGACACAUUCACCUUACAAGUUUGGCUCCGAGCCGAGGGAGGGCAGAAAUCUCCAGCAGUGAUCGCAGGACUUUAUGACAAAUGUUCUUACACCUCUCAUGAUCGUGGCUGGGUCCUUGGAAUCGAAGCUUUGAGCGAUCAGGGUACCAGAGAUCCUCGCUAUUUCUUCACCUUGAGGACUGAUCGUGCACGGAAAGCAACCACCAUCACUGCUCACCGCAGCUACCUCCCAAACCAGUGGGUACAUCUUGCUGUCACCUACAACGGUCGAAUAAUCAAACUAUAUGUUAAUGGGGCCCAAGCUGCUACAAGUAAUGAGCAAGUCGGCCCCAUCUUUAGCCCUCUUACUCAAAAGUGCAAGGUUCUCAUGAUUGGUGGAAAUGCCCAGAAUCAGAAUUACCGGGGAUACUUGGAACAAUUUACUCUCUGGAAAACACCUCGUACACAGGAGAAAAUAGUCCAUGACAUGGGCCAAGCAAUUCAUGGGCUGAGCACCUCUCUACCUCAACUUGUUCUACAAGAUAGCUUUGAGAAUGUGAAACAUGCCUGGUCUCCAAUGAAGGAGGGCAAAUUUCCACAAAUAGAGAACAUAUACCACCAUGGUUCAUCACUGGACACAAUUUUAGAUUUGCCUCAGUGCGGGCAAACCCUCUGUGACAAUUUGGAGGUGAUCACUAACUAUAACAAGUUUACAAGUUUCCGGCAACCAAAAGUUGUCCGUUAUAGAGUGGUCAAUGUAUAUGAUGACAACCAUGAGAACCCAACAGUUACCAAAGAUCAAAUUGAACUUCAGCAUCGAAAAUUAAAUGAGGCAUUUAGUAAAUACAACAUUACCUGGGAACUGGAUCUGCUAGAAAAGAAUGAUUCCUUUUUACGUCAUCGGCUUAUCCUUACCAACUGCGACAUCACUAAAAUUGGUGAUGGCUUCUGUGAGCCUGAGUGCAACCAUGCGCUUACAGGAUUCGAUGGCGGAGAUUGCCGCCGUACCAUUCCUUCUGUGGCUUUAAGAAAGAAACAAAACGGCGUGUGUGAUAUGGAUUGCAACAUUGAAUCUUUUCACUUCGAUGGCGGAGACUGCUGUAACCCUAAUGUCACAGAUGUCACGAAAACGUGCUUUGAUCCAGAGUCACCUAACAGGGCUUAUUUGGAUGUGAAUGAGAUGAAGAACCGUCUUAACUUGACUGGAUCAACCCAGCUCAACAUAUUCUUUGCAAACUCGUCAGAAGAGCUAGCUGGUGUGGCUACCUGGCCCUGGGACAAGGAGGUUCUAACACAUCUAGGAGGCAUUGUCAUGAACCCAUCCUUUUAUGGUGUACCUGGGCACACACACACAAUGAUCCAUGAGAUUGGUCACAGUCUGGGACUCUACCAUGUCUUCCGUGGCAUCUCAGAGAUCCAGUCCUGUAGUGACCCUUGCAUGGAGACAGAUCCUUCCUUUGAAACAGGGGAUCUCUGUCGUGAUACCAACCCAGCUCCCAAGCACAAGAUGUGUGGAGAUCCUGGUCCUGCUUCAGGAAAUGACACUUGUGGAUUCCAGAAAUUUGUUAACACUCCCUUCAACAAUUACAUGAGCUAUGCAGAUGAUGACUGUACGGAUUCCUUCACACCCAAUCAAGUUGCCAGAAUGCACUGCUAUUUGGACUUGGUGUAUCAAAGUUGGCAACCAACCUUAAAGCCCUUGCCAGUGGCCAUCGCUCCCCAGAUUGUAGAGCGCACCCCAGCUUCUGUCACUUUGGAAUGGUUUCCGCCGAUCGAUGGACUUUUCUAUGAAAGAGAAGUGGGAACAGCCUGUCACCUGUGUGCAGACCAAAGGGUGUUAGUGCAGUAUGCUGCUAAUGCAUCUUCUCCAGUACCCUGCAACCCAUCUGGCCAUUGGAGCCCAAGGGAAGCCGAAGGUCAUCCUGAUGUUGAACAACCAUGUGAAACAAGUGUACGCACCUGGAGCCCAAAUUCUGGAGGAAAUCAUCACAAUGUGCCACCAACUUGUCCUGAACCACAUGGAUGUCACUUGCAGCUGGAAUUUAGUCAUGCAGUGGUACCUCAGUCACUUACAAUAUGGGUGACAUUUGUGAACACAGAGUGGGACACAAGUGGUGCUGUGGUGGAUGUGAAACUUCUCAUGGUUAAUGGGAAAGAGUUAUCCUUGGGACCCCAGAAUAUUUUCUGCGAUGUCCCACUGACCAUCAAGCUAGACAAUAAAGAUAUCAAUGAAGAAGUGUUUGGCAUUCAGAUUUACACCAAAGACAACCUGAUGGAGAUUGAUGCAGCCAUGAUCACUUCAGUGCCAAACAGCCCUUUGUGUGCAGGCUGCAUGCCCGUCCAUUAUAAAGUACUUCGAGACCCACCAGUGGAAGGUGAAGUCCCUUCUUUGAUCUCCAAUCUUCAUAGAAGAUACACAGACACGAAUUUAAAGCUAAACAGUAUCUACAAAUAUCAGGUGGUGACCAUGUCUGGCAAUAAAGAGAGUGAGCCGUCCCCAGAAUUGGUUUAUCAACAUGGAAGUGGCUACUGUGGUGAUGGAAUCAUCCAAGAGGACCUUGGAGAGGAAUGUGAUGACAUGAACAAGCUGAAUGGUGAUGGCUGCUCAUUCUUUUGCCGACAGGAGGUAUCUUUUAACUGCCUUGAUGAGCCCAGCAGAUGCUAUUUUCAUGAUGGUGAUGGAGUCUGUGAGGAGUUUGAAAGAAUGACAAGCAUUAAGGACUGUGGUGUUUAUACACCAAAAGGAUUUCUGGAUCAAUGGGCAUCAAACGUCUCAGUCUCACACCAGAGUGAACAGCUCUGCCCAGGGUGGGUUGUGAUUGGUCAACCAGCAGCAACACAGGUUUGUCUGACAAAGGUGCUUGACCUGAACGAUGCGCUGUCCCAAUAUGCUUGGUAUCCCUGCACAGUUACAACCCAUUUUGUCAAUUUCUGGUUAAAGGCCUACUUUAGUCGACCUGUGGUAGUUGCUGCUGUUAUUGUCCACUUGGUGACAGAUGGGACCUAUAUUAAUGACCAGAAGCCAGAGACCAUAAGUGUGCAGUUAAUCGACACUAAGGAACAACUACAUGAUUUAGGUGUCCAUAUUCUUAGCUGCAGAAACAAUCCUCUGGUAAUUUCUGUGAUGCAUGACCUCAGUCGCCCUUUCUACCACAGCCAAACUGUCCUCGUUAGUUUUACGUCUAAUUUUGUGGCCAUCUCUGGGGUGGCACUACGCUCCUUCCAUGAUUUUGACCCUGUCACCAUCAGCAGCUGUCAAAGGGGAGAGAUAUACAGUGCAGUUGAGCAAAGCUGUGUUCAUUACUCAUGUGAAGCCACUGAUUGCCAGGAGCUAGAAAUCGAGAAUUCUGAUGUGAAAUGCACAAGUGGUCACUACAAUGGGGCCCAAUGUGAGGUAACGUGCCACACGGGCUACAUACUUCAGAUACACAGGGAUGACGAUCUCUUGAAAACCCAGUUUGAGUCCCACAUCAUUCUAACAUGCAGAGAUGGUAAGUGGACCAAGCAAGUAACAUGUGAGCCGGUGGACUGUGGCUUUCCUGAUAAGACUCACAUACAUCCAGCAACAUUCUCAUGUCCUCAAGGGACUACCUAUGGAAAACAAUGUACUUUCCAAUGCCGUCCACCUGCACAGCUCCGAGGUACCAAUAAUAUGUUAACUUGCUUAGAAGAUGGGCUGUGGUCUUUUCCUGAAUCCAUCUGUGAGCUUAUGUGCUUGGCACCACCAUCAUUGCCAAAUGCUAUCUUGCAGACUGCCAGAUGUCUUGAUGAUGGCCAUAAGGUUGGAUCCUUUUGUAAAUAUAGGUGCAAGCAGGGAUUCCAUGUCAAUGACCCACUAAAGAAGACCAAGAAGAAGGCAUUCAAAACACAAUGUAUGGAGGAUGGAAGCUGGCAACUGGGUAAAUGUGUACCAAUUACAUGUGAACCCCCUCAUCCAAAGUUUCGUGGGCUUUACCAGUGCACAAAUGGCUUUCAGUUCAACAGCGAGUGCAAGCUAAUGUGUGAGGAGAGCAAUAGCCAGUCGGAUAAGGUCAACAAUGUAAUUCAGUGCAGGAAGGAUGGCACUUGGAGUGGCAGCUUUCAUCUGUGCCAGAACAUUCAGGGUCAGUGCCCACCUCCAUACCAUAUGAAUAACUCCAUGAAGAUCCACUGCUCCGAAGGAUAUAAUAUAGGAGCUGAAUGUAUGCCCAUCUGUUUGAAUCACAAUGUGGAGGACAACAAAAUGGAAGCGGUCAUACUGCCAGCUAACAUGACUGAAAAAAAUCUCCCACACUGGAUGAGCCCACUAAGAGUGAAGAAAAUUAUCUGCACGGCUGGGCUCCAGUGGUAUCCUCUCCCAGGAGAACUUUACUGCAUCAAAAGCUGUGAGCCAUUUAUGGGAGAUAAUUAUUGCGAUGGAAUGAAUAACCGAGCCUUCUGCAACUAUGAUGGAGGGGAUUGCUGCGUUUCCACAGUUAAGACCAAAAUGGUAACACCCUUUCCUGCAAACUGUGACCUACAAGGGGAGUGUGCAUGUCUUGAUCCAAAAGCCCAGGAAAACAUCCAUAAAGAUGCUCACCACCCAAGCCUUGGAUAGCACUGAACAAUGUAAUUAUGACCAUCAACCAAAGGCAGACUGGAAGAUACAUCACAUUCCUUCUGGUAUUAUUUUUACAUAGCUGCUGAUCUGGGUAGCAUUUCUGCACCAGGGACCAUUAAACAUGAACAGCCUGCCUUUCCAUAUCGGUGGAAGACUCAGACUGGGAAUGAUGUACUACAAAAAUAAAAUGCCAUAAGGAACAAAUGACUAUGCCAAUAUCAAACAGUUUGUGUUGUGCUGUGGUAUGGCCAGAUGAAGGCAAGAUACAAGCCAUAAUUACAGUAUACAGCCAACUAGACUGGGUGUUUCAUGUCCUCCUCUCCCUCUCACAAGGACCUAAGCUGAGGUUCCCUUCAGAAGACUGAACCAUCUAUACUAUGAUGGGGAAACUGGAAUGUUUGAUUCUUCUGAGAGCUGGUCUUUAUCCUAAAUUGUGAUGUUUAGAUCUACAGUCAGUGCCAGCUUAAUUGUCAGUUGUAGAACCAAGCUAUUUUCCUGUUCGGUUAAAUGCCUAUUGAAAAGAGAGCUACCUGCCUCGUGGCAGAUGUGUAUGGGUACUUUGCUAAAACACACACUCAUAAAAAUAAGUAAAACCCAAUUCUAGUUGUUUGAUCAUAACUGUUGCUGCUAUUCCUGCUGCUAUGUCCCAUACAGCCAUUUCCUUACUGUCAGGACAGGGUGAAAUAAACUCAAAACAACCAGUCUGCCUUAAAGCUUAUAUUAAGCCUGUGAUUACACCCUCAGGCUCAUCAUUAGCACCGAGUAAUAGGAACCUCACACAAGUACCCAUCUUUUGAUGUUUGCACCUCCUGGCAUAGAGCUUAAAGAUCAAGACCAAUUGAUAUAACUCUUUAUAGAUUCAGAGACUCGCAUUUCUAUAUUACCUGGAGUCUCUUGAAUACAACAAGUUCUUAAUAUGAUGUUUAAGUAAUCUGCUGCUGAAGCAGUUAUAAUAUUUAACAUGUUUUUGUCAGUAUUAUAUUUCAGUGUCUGGUUAUAUACACCAAAAUGUUUAGAAGGGAUAUUAAGCAUUCCAGCUUAUGUCCAUGGUGACAUACGUUCACCGCUGAACCCCUUUUUGGUCCCACCACAAUGUCCAGGUAUAUAUUUUGCCUUUGCCAGUGUCACAUCAAUUGCUUGACCAAGUCAUCUCUUGAUAAUGCCUCAGCAAGGUGUAAAGCUCUUGCAGGUGUGCCUAAUGGCAAUCAUUGUGGCCUUUAAUUUUCCAGUUAUGUGGUUACAAAUUAGAAAACACAAUUAAGAAGAGGGUUAAGCUAAAAUGUUAACUUAUCCCAUCUACAUAAGCCACCAGCUGGCUAGCAGAUGCUGUAGUAACUGGAUAGUAGAUUAGAAUGAUGUACUGAUAUAGAUAUCAUAUUUUUAGAAUGAGGGGUUAUAAUUAUAUAUGGGAUGAAUUUUAAUAAAGGCAAACAACAAGAACAAAAACUUAGUUGAGCAGUUAAAGAGAUUAAUUGCUAAACAGAGCUUCGUAGCUAAUUAAUGGUGGGCCAGUCUUGCACAGCAACAUUAACUGUGUUUAUUUUUUAUAUCUUCGACUGCUAUAUAGAUGUCCAGAAAGACACUUCAUUUCCAGUACUCAGUUAACCCUACUGUCCAUGGAACAGAGCUCUUCUGGUAAAGGGGUUGGGAUUGUGCAGGCACAAAAGAGAGAAUGAAGAAGGCAGCUCUUUAGUCCACAGUCCCUGGAGAAUUAGGGCAUUCCCUGAGGGUGUUUUUUUCAGGGCAGGUUUCAACUACCUCCCUUAUGGUUUCAAUUUCACUGGCUUGUAAACUGUCAAUUCUUUUUAGGUUUUUUCCUGUGUUACAUAAAAUUAGUCUAAAAAAAAUGUCUUGCUGCAAAUGAGGUGACAAUGGGGGAAUUUUACAGAAAACUGCAUGUUCAAAUGAAAAAAUACAGAAAAAAAAAUCCAUAUGCUUAUGUUUAAAGGGACACGAUGUUCUUAGCAACAACAUACAGAAAUAUGCCAUUGCUCUAGCCCUGCCCAUGCAGAGCCAGCUCAGGCACAUUUGUCCAUUCUUUGGAACUUAUCACCUACAGAUGAUUGAAUGCUUAUUUUAAUUUAAGGUCUUACGUGUUUGUUUGUGUUUUCUACAUUAUAAAAAAAAUAUAUGACUUCAUGUUUAUGAUUCAUAUUCAGCUGAACUCUUUUUACAACACUCACAGCCAUAUAGCCACAAAACUGCUGAUUGCUGAGAUAGGACCCUUUGCCUCACGAAAUGAUAAUGGUGUUACAUUGCUCAUGUCUCCUUUUGGAGUUGUAAAAACCAAAUAAAGGAGAGAUUCUAUAACAAGGGAAAGCAAUGGACUGGCUGAGCAUACAAAACUUUUUUUUUUUUGUUUAACCUUAGCUAUACUAAUACAGAUGUCUUCGCCCAGUAUCAUCUUGUUGCUUUCUCAGAGGACUAGGAAGUAUUAUCUGUUAACCGCAAAGUAGCAGAAACACAUAGCAGUUAGCGUAAGAUUAUAAAGUCACAGUUUAUGCCCUAAUUUGGUCUGAAAGUGCAUUAUCCCACUUUACACCAGCAGUUAAUUGAAAUAGCUUUUAUUGCAUUACGUGACCUUUGUAAUUGUCUGCAAAAAAUAAGGAAAAAGAGGAAAAAAAAAAAAAAAAGCCCUUGCAUCUGUGUAUGUAGUCUAACACACCACGCAUUGCUUCUCCUUGUUUAUAAAACGCAAAUUCUCCAUAUAGAAACUGUGAUCUCAACAGAAUUGUAUUAUUUUCAUAUUACAGAAAUGGCUCUUCCUUAUUUAUGUAUUAUAAUGGAACUUUUAUUAUUGAUACUAUGGAAUCUGUUACGGUUUUUUGUUUUUUUUUUGAUCAAAAACAAAAUGAAUACGCAGAGUUGUCUUAAGAACCUGUUACCAUACCUACUGUAAUUCUGACGCAAGCCCUUCCACCUCCCUCUUUUUGUCCUUUACCACACCUCAUGCGUGUACUUGUGCUGCUCACUUAUUGUUGUCGUUUAGAGAUUUUUUUUAGAAAAAAAAUCUAAUUUAAAGCCUUCAAGCAAUAUAUAAAGAUGUAAAUAGUAGAGCUUAUUUAUUAAGAAAUGUCAUAUGUUUAAUUUAUAUCUACACAAUGUUCAUUUAAGUUAUUUUAUUUUUUCCUCAAUACAGUUUUUAACCAUUACUUUGUUUUGAUUUUAUUGUAUUUUUCUGCUACUCAAACAAGUCGAAUUUCACUGAAAAUGUUUAAAAAUAUAGGAAAUCUUUGUUUUUGCCAUGUGUCAAUUACUACAUUUUAGAAUAUUAUAUUGUAAAAGCAAAUAUAUUACAUUAUAUGCUUA